GCACGCACCCCAGUCAUUGUGUUUCUCACGCGUUUCUCCGAUCCACCAGUACACCAACCGAUUCUACAGAAAAUCCGAUCUAUCGGCAUACGCUUCAAUUUUUAAAGUACACCAAAAAGUUUUACUUUUACUUUUAAUUAUUUGAAUCAAGACCAUGAUGACCACACGUUUCAUUGGAUCGGCAUUUAUUUUUGCCGCUAUCACUUGUAUUUUUGCUGUACCAAUUCAGCAGCUUCAUGACGAGACAAUGGGAUUAAACGAGGGAGUUUAUACGCAACCAGAACUUGCUGAAGCAUUAGCGCGAUCGUAUGCAGCUUUAGAAUGGGCCCAGCGCAAUGACGAGCUGAGUGAUGAAGAUAUUCAAGUACGGAAUUUGGACCACAUCGGAGGUGGCAAUUUAUUGCGACAACUACAAGAGCGUCAUAAUGGCCCUCGUUUACGUAAUUUGGAUUCGAUCGGCGGCGGUAAUCUUCUGCGUUCCCUCGAGCGCUCCGAGUACCAACGACAAAACCAAAUGCAAUCCCGUCCUAAUAACUACAAAUGUGCCGGAAGAAUUCAAAACUCCAGAGACGAAACACGUGCCCAUCUCCGUCAGCCAUCUCACUUAAAUCCUGGACUGACGUUUGAAAACAGAGAUUCUGAUCUCCGCAGAAAGUCAGGAUGGCCGAUCACUGUCAAUGGGAUGGAAAUAUAUGAGGGAUCAUUGAAGCGCAACAUUGACGAGAUUGAUCGCACAGGAUUUGACAACUUUGUCAAACGUAAUUUCGACGAAAUAGAUCGCUCUGGGUGGGACAGUUUCGUCAAGAGACGCAUCGCAAAUGCCUAUUUGGCAGCCAGGCAACAUUAAGCAACUACCGACAACAAAAUACUCUACUGUACUUAAAUCAAUAUACAUCUACUUAAUAUGCUCUCUACAUCACUGACAAACUUUGAAUUUAUAAUGGCUUAUGAUGACUUAUUAUCGUCAAAGUUUGACAUUUAUUUUUUACAUAAAGUUUAAUAAUAAUUAAUCUCAAAGUAUUUAUUUUUAUGACUAAACUAUAUUAUUGUUGGAUCUAUUGACAAAUAAUGAUGUAUAGUUUUAAGAUUUAUCAUUAAGGAUGUCUAUUUUAAACAAAAUGUCUUUAAUUAAAUUUUACACAGAAAAAAAAUAAAAUAUUUUGCGCUAUGAAUUGAAGACUAAAUUUUUCUUAUGACUGGAAAAAAUUUAUUGGCGCAAGAAUUUUUUUUUCGCCUCAGAAAUUUUUUAUUGAUCUAAGAAAAUUUUUGCCUUUAAUUUAUAAUGCGAAAAAUUUCGGGAGGGUUAAAUUUUUUUCUGUGUAUACUGACUAAAAAAACAAAAUUGUAAUUUAAAUUUUUCGGUCGCACUAAAUUAUUAUUGAAUGUUAUUCAGAAAAUAAAUAUAUUUAAAUUUAAGAUCUGUACUGAUUAAAUGUAUAAUAUAU